AUGAAUCAAUGGUCCAGUUAUCUGUUGGGAUGGACAACCUUCCUCCUCUAUUCCUAUGAGACAAGUGGGGAAAACAUAGAGGCAUGUGUCUUUCCUUUCACCUACAAGGGAUCUGUUUACUUCACUUGCACCAAAACUGGUGGCUUCUUCCCUUGGUGUUCAACCCGAGCAGUUUAUGAUGGCAGAUGGAAGUAUUGCUUGCCUGAAGAUUACCCACGAUGUAUCUUUCCCUUCAUCUUUCAUGGAAAGACCUAUGACAGCUGCAUCUCUGAUGGCAGCUUCAUAAGAAAGAUGUGGUGUUCAGUCACCUCCAGCUUUGAUGAGACGCAGCAAUGGAAGUACUGUGAAAAGAAUGAAUAUGGAGGGAAUUCCUUCAGCAAGCCUUGCAUCUUCCCUUCCAUCUACAGAAAUAGUGUGAUUUCAGGAUGCAUCGAGGAUGAAAACAGCAAGCUCUGGUGCCCAACCACAGAGAACAUGGACAAGGAUGGAAAGUGGAGCAUCUGUGCUGACACAAGAAUUUCUGCAUUGUCUCCUGGCUUUCCCUGCCAUUUCCCAUUCACUUAUAAAAACAAGAAUUAUUUUAACUGCACGAACAAAGGAUCCCAGCAGAACCGUCUAUGGUGUGCAACUUCUUACAACUAUGACCAGGACCACACCUGGGUGUAUUGUUGA